UAGAGUAAGAGAAAUCUGUAAUUUCUUAGUAUUUAUUCAUGUGAUGGUAGCUGUUAUUUAUGAGCAGUAAUAGUGAAGUAAUGCUUAUCAGUGUUGUUCCAUAUAUCUCAGAAUGGAAACGAUUUUGCGAAAUGAAGUCUGUUAUGUGUAUUAGGAUACGAGUUUGAUUUCUUUCGUUUGUCACUGAAGCUAGUAAGGACAGUUGUAUAAGAAAUACUGAACAUAUUUAUAUAAUUUGGUGCGAUAUCGCUAGUUUGUGUUUGUUCGAGAGAUAGUGGUUCCAUUUUCUGGAUAUUUAGAAGUGCUUCUAGAAACAUAUUAUACGUUUUCACUUUGAUUGAAACAUUUUAUAUUAUUCAUUAAAAAAGCAGUGAUGAAUAUUCUUCGUAUCUGAUACAAUGAUUGUGAAUGUAUUGGUUAUCCUAGUAUAGCCUGUCUUGAUAUCAAUGAGUGCAAAAGGCUGAGACUGAACUUAGUUAAAGAAUGUGCAUUAUUUAUAUUCUUUGUAUUCUGUAAGAUAUAAUGAGAGAAUAUUCUGUGUCAAGAUUUGUUAGUGUGUUUUUACUAGAAGAUGAUCUUGUUAAGUAUAUAUCUUGCUACAUCACUUUGAUGGAAAACGUUCUUACUGUUUCCAGUGAUAUUAUCAUAUUAUCUAUGUAUAUAAUCUAUAUAUAUAAUAUUCAUUGUGUAUGUGCGUGUCUGUGUGUUUCUCUGUGCCGGGUCAAGAGUUAAUGGUCAAGUAAUGCUAUACGGGGAAGGCGUGAAGGACUAUUACAUGGAGGUACGCAUAGAUCCUCAAGGACUAUUAUAUGGAGGUACCCAUAGGUCCUGAUGGACUAUCCUAUGGAGGCACCUAUAUCCAGAACGAGCGUUACAGUAACCAGAAAUGGCCGUAUCUUCGCCAUAUGUCGUGGGACUGUAUUACGGCCGCCGUAAAUGCCACCACAGCAUACUAAAAAAGCAACAGUAUAUUUGUCUGACGAUUUUUCAGCCCAUUGAUAGGCAUGCCAACUAGUCAUCUUCGCCUCCAUCCUAGGGCUCUUAGCAAUGCUCUAUCCAUUGAUGGGUAUAUCUGUGGGUCCCCUCUUAUCCCUUCAUCGAGAUAUAGAAAUUAGGCUUCUGAUUGGCUGAUUAAAACGGACCAAUCAGAUUUCAGGAGGCCUUUUCUCGCUUAUUCUAAGUACAAGUGGUACUCGUGUUCGGGCCAAUUCUAGGGUUGUUGGGGAUGCUCUAUCGAUUGAUUGGUAUAUGUAUGGGUCCCUCCUAUCCUUUCAUAGAAAUAUAGAAAUCGGGGCUGUGCUUGGCUCUUUAAAAUGAACCAAUCAGAUUCCAGGAGGAAUUUUCUCGUUUCUUGUACGGACGUGUGAUAAUCAUGUUCGAGCCAAUCCUAGGGUUGUUCGGGAUGCUAUAUCGAUUGAUGGGUAUAUGUGUGGGUCCCCUACUAUCUCUUCAUAGAGAUACAGAAAUGCAGCCUUUGAUUGAUCUGUUAAAAUGGAGGUGUCUUACGACGUAUUAUAUUACUAAUGUAUAUAGCCAUCGCGUUGCCACGCUGGUCGUUUCUAGUGACAGUUUCCGGCUGAUGUUUAUAGUGGCUGUAAUUUGGCGUAAUGCAUUAGGUGCGACUGUUGUAAACAGCAAUCGAAAAUGGUUGACGUAUAGGAUACUUUACGUUGUUUUCCGACCAAAGUAUACAGUCGCCGUAUUCUUACAGUAGUACUUUACGGUGAGCUAUUACGGGUAGCGUGUACGAUUGAUGUAAUAUACUGUAAAGCAUCGUUUACUGCCGCCGUAAACAGUCGUCGUUAUUCAUCGUAUUUGGCUAACGAACGGUCGCUUAUGGCUGAGUGUGAUUGACCUGGGUAGGUUCUCAUGGGCUACUAUAUGAGGGCACGCAUGUAUCCUCAAGGACCGUUCUAUAGAGUGCUCAUAGGUUCUGAAGGGUAUAAGAGAAUAAAGCGGUAUGGCUACAAGAGAUGCAAGGGAUAUAAGGCUACAUGGCCUAUAAAAAUAUGUGCGAUAUACCUCUGGUCAAAAGUCUUUGCUCGCAUCUCUUUUUUCGGCAAGGUUUUCUCUACUAUUACAAGGACAAAACAUGGUGUUGUUCGGACGGAUUAAGGGUUAUUUGGAUUCUUGUUUAAAUGGUCCACACAACACCAUGUUUUGUCCCUAUGAUAAUAGAGAAAGCUGUGCUGUAAAAAGAGGUGGGAGAAAGACUUUUGCCCAAGGGUAUAAGAGCAUGAGGCGAUAAGGCUUUGAUCUAUAUACGUAAUAUCGCGUAACUGUGUCUCUUAUCGGAUGAAAAACUAAACGUCUGAAGUCAUACGUUAACGGAGAAACUAGCCGUACGGUAUGCACGGACUCUCGGUAGUUAUUAAUAGUAUGUUCAUUGGCCGUAUACAACAUAUAAUGGUGUGGGUGUAGGGCAGUACAAUAGUACAUACCUACAACUGCAGCCAACGCUACACACCCACACCCUUAACUUUUUUCGAUUUCCAAACACACUAGAAAGUACUUAAAUACACAUCACUUUCUAUAUGCUUUUGCUGAGAUAAAUAUUAUCUGCAUUUUUAGAAAUAUCAACAAUGUUUUCUUCCUCCUAUUCUUUCUUUUCCAAAACAAUUAUUUCUUAUUCCGCUUGUCUCGUUUUCGCUCUUUAAACAAAAUAAAACUUCGAGGUUUUUAUAUGAAAUAUCAGUCUGUAUUCUAGUCAUAUGAGAAAAAAAAACUUUUUAGAACACAUAUAAUAUAUUGAACUUUAAAUAAUUUUAAUGUGUAGUUAUAAAUACAACGUGAAACUGUUGAAAGAUUUUGCACUUCAGCCGUUUAAAUGAUGAAAAAUAGACGACUAAUAAAACAUAUGUGCGUUAUAACGAUGAAAGGUACAAAAAUGUUACUGUCAACAAAACGUUUUUUGCUACACUCGUUUAAACGCAAAGAAUAUAUUGAUGUACUACGCUAAUAUGCGCUUAAAAACUCGUGGCACGCUUUCAUGGCCGUGUAAAUACAAUAAAAGUUUGAGGGAGAAUUGCGCUAAGAAUUUUUGUGUUGAAAACGCUAAAAAAACCUCUAUUUUCAGCGUUAAAACGCUAUAAAUAAAGAAAAAAAAAGCAGAAUGAUUUGACAUAUGUUUAAACGCUAGAACUGUUCAAUUUAUGGACGUGUUAACGUCAUCUAUUUAACGCUCUGUACACGCCAGUAAAAUUUCCCCAAAAAACAUCUAGAACUUGAUAUUUGGGAUCGUUAAAACGCACAUCAGAAUAAAUGGGCGUUUACACACUAUUAAAGUAACUACUUCGAGUGUUUAUGGGGCCAUAUAUAAUAGCAAGAGAAUAUUUGUCCGUUUUCACGCUUUGAAAAACAAAGUUACCGGCGUUUAAACGGCCACUUUGAAAAAAACGCCGUAAAACGCCAAAAAAGGCUGAUUUCAUGGUGUUUAAACGCGUUUUCCCAAAAUCUUGUCUGACUGGGUAGAAUGCCUUGUUUUUCUUCUCAUAUUAUGACAGUAUGUAAAAUUUCAAACAAAAAUAUAGUAAAAAUUCUAUCUACGAAUUUUUAGACGAAUUGAUCAUUUUACAAUAUCGGCUGGUGUUGCUCGAAGUGCUUGUCAGAUUUAUAAUGACGCAACAUUAAUAGUUUAUUAUCCAUUUGAUACAGUUGAUACGUUCAAUGAUUACAGUGUCAAUCUUUUCAAUGGAAUAGCAUCUGGUACAACUACAAUAUCUCAAGGAUACUUUGGACAAGCUCUAUACUUUUCAUCAAAUAUGAGUUAUUUUCAAGCUGCAUGUUUACCAACUAUGGACAUAUCCAGUCCAUCAUUUACAUUUGCACUUUGGGUCAAUCCAGCAACACUUACUAAUGGAGGUUCACUCAUUCAUGUAUCGAAUUUACAAAUUGGCAAUGGAAGUUUGUGUUAUGACCUUCUUGCUUUUACAUCUACAGGCGACUUAGUAGUUCAAUGGCUGCAAUCUUCUUUAACUAUUACCAGUAUUAAAGGUCCGGUUUUGUCAGUAAACAAAUGGACUCAUGUAGUUGUUGUAUUUGAAACAUCCAAUGGUUUACAACUUUAUAUUAAUGGACAAUUGAAUGCAAUUUCUGCAAGUAUUUCAAGUUUGACCAUGUAUACCUAUACUGUUCCACAAUACAUUACAUUGGGUAAUAAUAGUCCAUUGGGUCCAUUUGUAUCGAUGUCUUGUCGAAAUGGACUUAUACCGAUUGUAUCAGGAGCAUUUACAGGUGCCAUUGAUGAAUUUCGUAUAUAUAAUCGAGACUUGAACAAUCAAGAAAUUUGUGUACUGGCUAAUCUUUAA